AUGGUGGGUGCGCCCUCUUCGCUGACGUUUGCGGAGAAGAUGCAGCGGUUGUUGCAGCAUCGUGCCGAGCGGCAGCCUCUCCCGGAAGGUUACAUGCGUUGCCCGCUGAAUCCGGUGCAUCAGGUCCCCAUCGCCGCCAUUGUGACGCACCUGGAACGAGCACACCAGCAGGACGCAUUGGCCCUCUCACCCAGCGCCAUGUAUGGCAGUGGGACGCACAGACGCCGCCGCGAGUUUCUUGAGAAGCAGUUUCACCGCCACAAUAGGGCUGAUCACCGACAACCGCAGUCGGGCCGCCACCAUCAUAAGCGCGGGCGUCAUCGCCGUUCAAGGCGGUCGUCGCGCGACUCCAGUAGCUCUUCCGCCUCAUCGCAGAACUCGUUGCCGCAGGUUAACAGCCAUAGAUCGCGACGGCGGUACCGAUCCGAGAACCAGGAGUCACACGUCAGAAACAGUGGUCCCCCCGCGGCCAAUUACAAUGGAGUGGGAGCCACAUCGCUACCACCGCAUUUGUCGGCUGCUUCUGCUGCACAGUGUGGAUCGUAUCAUCCAGCGGUGGCAGCUGUACCGUCACCCGCCCCUCCGACACGGGCGUUAAUGGGGCGGUACUCUAUUGGAUUCUCUAUCGACAAGCGGUCCCUCAUGGAAUACUUGCUUCAGUUUGGUUCCGUCCUGCGGUGUGAUGUCCAGCCACGGAGUGCAACCUUCACGGUGUUGUACGAUACAUUGGAGGCAGCGUCAAGGUGUUUCACGCAAAGUUACCCAUCCGUCAUCAUCGAUGGUGUUGCCGUGGAGUUAUGCCCAACGGCAGGUGAAGCAGAAGUGGCAGCCGCGCCAGACACGGGAAUGGCAGUCUCUGGGAUUUCUCCUGUGGCUCCCAUGUAUUCAAGAGAGUGUCAUGUUACACCACCGUUAUCAACCGAAUCGACAUCACAACAUCCAUGCACCCUCUCUUGGGCACAAGACGCACCACCUGUCAUCACGGUUGCUGGGAAGCCUGUUGGUGUGGCGAUGUCGAGCAAUGUUGACGACUGCACCAAAAUCAACACCAUCAGAGGAAGGAAUAGCAAGAUUGAACCACCCAAGUGUGUUUUUAUCGCCACACUGAAGAAAAGUGAGGACGGGGACAAAAAGAAGGCGGACGAACGACAUAUUUGGGAGGAGUUUGCGCGCUUUGGUGAUGUUUCCAACAUUUUGUUGGUGGGGCCCCGCGUUGUGGUGGAGUACGCGUCCCAUGACGGCGUUGAAAAGAUUACUCAAGCCCUGCAGAAAGGCCAAGAGGUCUUCACAUGCUGCACUCCUCUGCAAUAA